GUCGUGGUACUUCCCCGGUUCGAGCCGGCCCAUCCGUGCGACAGCAAAAGCUGCCGCGUGGCUCUACCACUGUUAAAAAUUAUAUAUAAUAUAAUAAUCGGUAUUCUCAAUUAAAUUGAGCAUUUUAAUAUCUAUUUUUGAUUAUUUUUCUGUGUUAACUAGGGAGAUAAUUGGUGUGAACUAGCUAUAAUAAUUGCAUACUUGUCUACAAAAUAAUAAUAAAAAAUACAAAAUAUCAACAUUCCAACAAGUAACAGCUAUAACAAUAAUUCAAGUAAUCGAUCUCAGAUUGAUUAGUGAUGAGUUAACUCGAGUUGAAUCUUCCUAACUUGAGUUUGGGUUGCUAUACAUAAACGGAUCAAGUGAGCUAGCAAAAGAGUAAAAGUGCAAUUCAUUCGUUGUGUGCACGCUUUGCGUUUCAAAGAGUAUUUAGCUACAACCAAAACAAUUUGUUAUUUAGAAUUUUAUUAUAGCUAGUUGUGUAAUUUAAUUCCCUUUAUAAUUUUGAUUAAUUACGAUCAAUAUAGUGUCAUCAUAUUUUAAAUUAAGGCCAAAUGUAACACUUAACUCACAAUAAAUAUAUUGAAUUUAUUUAAGAAUAUUUUGACUUUAAACUUCAACCUUUUGUAAUUAAACUAGUAAUAGCUUAUGUACCUAUGUUACGGCCUACGGCUGCUCCCUUAAAGGAUCCAAUCCUCAGGGGCCCAUGAGCUGAAGAUUUCCCGAACAGACGUAGGUCGGGCCCCAAUGUGGCCACGUGGAAUCUCUCCAAUUACACUAAAAUAUAUGGGGGAGCGUUAUACUACGGCCAGUCGACCGGAAGGAAUUUGGACGAAGCUUACUUACCUAUAUCCAAGGCGACUGGUCCCUCCGGAGUCGGUCAGGUCGCAUGUGGUUGUGUAGUGCAAGGGAAAGAAUGGUGAUGUGGUGUGUAUCUGGGUGUGACUGAUGGUGAUUGAACCUAGACCUUGGCCGUCGGCAGCAGCCCGAGCGUCGACACCGCUCCAACUUGAGGGGGCUUCCAAGGUUGUCCACCGUCACUUUCUUCUUUCGUCACGUUGACAGUCAAUUAACUCUAUCGUACGAUUUACUAACUUACAGAAGCCACUAACUAUCGCUGGUUAUAAGGUUAACACACAAAACGCACACGGAGUUUUCAGUUUAUUAAGGUCACUACCGUUUCGCGUUGCAACAGUUAUUCUAGAAUAUUAGAGGCCGCACUAGCUAAUAUUGCCUAAUGCACUUAUGCAGAUUCUGAGUCAAACACAAUGAGUCCCUGGGAAGCUCUCCAGCAGGAAUGCGCGUCACAAUGAUAGACCGUAUAUUUACUGGCCGCGCCGAAUUAUUCCGAGUUCCCUAACAGAAUACAGCGUGCCAAUCGUUAGCACCGCUUAUGGACGACUGCCCUUGGGCGUUUUUCGCACGACCGAAUGUCAAACCGGUAUGACACUGAGCCGCACGCCCUCUCGCGUUCGUUCCUUGAAAGUGUUUUGCGCGAACAACCUACAUCUUAAAGUUAGACUAAUAUUAUACAUCUUAAAGCUAGACUAAUACAUAAGUACUAAUACAUAAUAUGAUACAUACUAAAUAUACCUUUUUAUAUCAAUCCUACAUAAUAACUUUUAAUAGGUAUAAAAAAGGAAAUUAUAAUUAUCUCAACCCACCAAAGAGCUAGAUAGAAAAACAAAUUUAUAAAAAAGUUAUUUGUAACAAAUCAUUUACUCUGAUUCGUACUGCUAACUCAAGUUGCGUGAAUUUCAACUGGAGUUAAAUCAAGUCAUAAUUUUCUAAGUUGGCACAUCUAUAAGAUCAGAAUCCCUAAUAUUCACUUCACUUAGUUGUUGUUGUUUUAACUUUCAUUAAUCGUUUCAUUAUUAACCACAGCUUUUUUGGUGAUUUUUUACUGAUCCUGCUUUUAUAUAUUGAAGUAAUUAUAGUGAAAAAUAGCCUGUUACUGUGUAAUAAUAGUGAAAAAUCACCUGUUACAGUGUAGCCAAUAAAUAAUCUCACUUUUACUUAUUCUACAAUAACUUAGUUCCUAGAUUGACAAAUCUUGCCAGAUUUUCAGCUAUGAAUUGUUUAUAUAUACGCUUUAUAAUACGUACUUUCAUCUUGUUAACACUUGGGCCCAAGAAUGUAUAGAGAUGUCUUCUUCUCCUUUAAGUACCAUGAUUGAAAGUAAUAAAAUGACUCACCUGUUGCAGUCAGAGGCACACCAUGAGCUAUUUCAUUGUCAGUAAGCAAGGACGGGUAAGAGUAUCGAAAUCUUCUGCCUUCAUUGUCGAACUGAAAUAUAUCAAAAUGUUUUUCACAGACACGUUUAUUACGUAACUGUUCUUUGGAAAGUAUAAUGAGCUGGGGAUUUGUCGGCACUAUGAAAGACAUCCAUAAGUUUCUUAAAUUAUCGUUCCUAGGGAAUCUGAAAAGCCGGUGCGUUUCAUGUGUUGUAUUGCAACCACCAACACAACACUUUUCGUAUACCAUUAUGUUGGUAUAUGCAAUAUUCACACAAGCAGCACAAAAACAGAAUAUUGUAAUAACUGAGGAAAAUUCGGAUAAAUAAUGGCGGCAAUCAAUAAUAUCGAUAACUUUGACUUUUGACAAUAUGAUUUGACAUUAACACAAUAUGGCGUCUCAAAAUGGCGUCAAAAGUUUGUGUUUUCAAAUGGCCUUCCCUAUUUUUAACAAGAUUUUUUUUCUAUAUUGUUAUUUUUAAGUUUUAGGUUUGUUAUAUUAUUUAAUUGUGUAAACUUUGUUACUGUUUUAUCUUUAACUAUUUGACUUAUUUUCAUUUUGAAUAUAUUUAAAAUAUCAAAAGAAAAGAGUAGAGAUUUAAAUAUCCUUUAAUAGACAUGAUUAUAAAUAUUUUUCUUUAUAUUUAGUAAAUAUUUAAGUGUCUCAAAAUCACAUCCAAUAUCUUAUAAAUUGGACCCAUAGUUUUGUGGCCUAUAUCUAGAGUAAAACGAUUAGUUGGGUUCGCCGUUAGUCCAAUGUAAUUUGACUUUGGUGAGGGUUGACCUUGCCAAGGUCUAAUUGUAGUGAACCCAGUGCCCCAGUAAAAUCCUUAAGUCGGGUAGUCUGUAAAUAUAAAUAUAUAGUUCAUUCACUGAUAUAAAUUCUAAUAAUUUCGCCUUACAAGGAUGCAAAUACUAGAGCCUUAGUACGUAUAAUGAUUUCUUAUAUUUAAGCGGACACUACAUAUUAAAUGAAUGAAAUGUUUUUAGCUUUUGAAUAUUAAUUUUUGGUUAGAUCUACCUUAGUUCCAUUCCGUGACCACGGGUACUGUAAAGCACUCGAAAUGUGCUGAAUUAAAAUUAAACGUGACAAAAUCCGUAAAAUUAGUUUCACUUAGUAUGUAGUUUCCGUUUUCAUCGUCCACGCGUACUUAGAUUGCCGCGCGCAGCGUUCGCGCGGCUUUGGCUUUAUCACGUUCCAGGAGGCGGCCUCCGUGGACAAGGUCCUCGCCGUCCCGGUCCACACGCUGGACGGCAAGCGAAUCGAUCCCAAACACGCGACCCCCAAAUCCGCCCCGCGUCCGGCGAAAACGAAGAAGAUCUUCGUGGGAGGGGUCGGGCAGGACACGUCUGCUGACGAGGUCCGCGCCUACUUCUCCCAAUUCGGCCUGGUGGAGGAUGCCGUGAUGCUGAUGGACCAGCAGACGAAGCGUCACCGAGGCUUCGGCUUCGUAACCUUCCACUCGGAAGAGGCCGUGGAGCGCGUGUGCGACAUCCACUUCCACACGAUCAAGAACAAGAAGGUGGAGUGCAAGCGCGCGCAGCCCAAGGAGGCGGUGGCGGUGGCUCCGCUGGCGCUGGGCAAGCGGCUGGUGCUGCGGCCGGGGCGCGGCCUGGUGUACGGGCAGGUGCCGGGCGUGGGCGUGGGCGCGGUGGGCGCGGUAGGCGUGGGCGUGGGCGCGCACGCCUACCGCUACGCGCCGUACGCGCUGCCCGCGCCGCCCGCGCUCGUGGCGCCGCCCGCCCCCGCGCCCGCGCCCCCCCUGCCGCAGUUCGGCGCCGCCUACUCGCUGGCCGGCGUCGACAUGUCCUCCUUCCAGGGAGUCGACUGGGGCGCCAUGUACGGCCUCCCCAUGUACAUCUAA